AUGCCACAAACAAAGGCGUGGUGCCAGACAAGGCAAGUGAUGUUUUUAAUUGCAUGGAUGCUUUCGUGGGAGGUGGGUUCAGAAUCAAUUCACUAUACCGUGCUGGAGGAGACAGAAAGUGGCACGUUUGUGGCCAAUUUGACUAAGGACUUGGGACUAAGGGUGGGAGAACUGGCUGCUAGGGGCGCCAGAGUGGUUUUCAAGGGGAACAGACAGUAUUUGAAGCUUGACCCACAAACCCAGGAUUUGGUGCUGAAUGAAAAGCUGGACCGGGAAGAGCUGUGUGGCUCCACGGAGCCCUGUAUGCUACAUUUCCAGGUGUUACUAAACAAUCCUGUGCGGUUUUAUCAGGCGGCACUGAGAGUUAUAGAUAUAAACGACCACGCCCCAGAGUUUCCUGCCAGAGAGGUACUCCUUAAAAUAUCAGAAAUGGCUGAGACAGGAAAGAUACUCCCUUUGAAAAUGGCCCAGGACCCAGAUACCGGCAGCCACAGCAUUCAGAGCUACACUGUCAGCGACAACCGUCACUUCCACGUGCUCACUCGCAACCGCAGCGAUGGCAAGAAGUUCCCCGAGCUAGUGUUGGACAAGGCAUUGGACCGUGAGGAGCAGGCUCAGCUCAGACUAACGCUCACUGCGGUGGAUGGCGGGUCUCCCCCCAGGUCAGGGACCACAGAGAUUCAAAUACUUGUCUUAGAUAUAAAUGACAACACUCCAGAGUUUGCUCAGGAGCUCUAUGAGGUCCAGGUCCCUGAGAACAACCCCAUUGGCACACUGCUUCUUACCGUCACAGCGAGAGAUUUAGACACAGGCUCCUUCGGAGAGGUUUCUUAUGCACUGUUUCAAGAUGACGAUGUUAACGAGCCUUUUGUAAUAAACUCAAAGACGGGAGAAAUUCGACUGAGGAGCGCCUUGGAUUUUGAAGCAUUUCAGUCCUACCAUGUGGGUGUUGAGGCCGUGGAUGGCGGUGGGCUAACAGGAAAGUGCUCUUUAGUUGUGCAGGUAUUGGAUGUGAAUGACAAUGCUCCGGAAGUGAUCCUAUCCUCCCUCAACAGCCCCAUCCCUGAAAAUUUGCCAGGUAUCGUAGUAGCAGUGUUCAGCGUUUCAGAUGCAGACUCGGAAAAUAACCAGGAGGUUAUGUGUUCCAUAGAUGACGGUCUUCCAUUUAUUCUAAGACCAUCCAUGGAGAAUUUCUAUACUUUGGAAACAGAUAGGGCACUAGACAGAGAGAGCAGAGCUGAGUACAACAUCACCAUUACAGUCACCGACAUGGGCACACCCAGGCUCACAACCCAGCACACCAUAACAGUGCAGGUCUCUGACGUCAACGACAACGCCCCCGCCUUUACACAAAGCUCCUACACCCUGUUUGUCCAAGAGAACAACAGCCCCGCCCUGCACAUAGGCACCAUCAGCGCCACAGACUCAGACUCAGGCUCCAAUGCCCACAUCACCUACUGGCUGCUGCCCACUCACGACCCACAGCUGGAUCUCGCCUCGCUCAUCUCCAUCAAUGCUGACAACGGGCAGCUGUUCGCGCUCAGGGCGCUGGACUACGAGGCCCUAAAGACCUUCGAGUUCCGCGUGGGCGCCACAGACCAAGGCUCGCCUGCACUCAGCAGCCAGGCGCUGGUGCGCGUGCUGAUGCAGGACGCCAACGACAAUGCGCCCUUCGUGCUCUACCCUCUGCAGAAUGCCUCUGCGCCCUGCACAGAGCUGCUGCCCAGGGCGGCAGAGCCAGGCUAUCUGGUAACCAAGGUGGUGGCUGUGGAUCGAGACUCUGGCCAGAAUGCCUGGCUGUCGUUCCAGCUGCUCAAGGCCACGGAGCCCGGACUGUUCAGUGUGUGGGCUCACAAUGGCGAGGUGCGCACCUCCAGGCUGCUGAGUGAGCGCGAUGCCCCCAAGCACAGGCUGCUUCUGCUGGUCAAGGACAAUGGCGAUCCUCCGCGGUCUGCCAGUGUCACUCUUCAUGUGCUGGUGGUUGAUGGCUUCUCUCAGCCCUACCUGCCUCUGCCCGAGGUGGCACGCGACCCCGCCCAAGAUGACGAUGCACUCACGCUGUACCUGGUCAUUGCCUUGGCGUCUGUGUCUUCGCUCUUCCUCUUGUCUGUGCUGCUGUUCGUGGGGGUGAGGCUGUGCAGAAGAGCCAGGGCAUCUGCUCUGGGUGGCUGCUCUUUGCCUGAGGGCCACUUUCCUGGUCACCUGGUGGAUAUCAAUGGCACAGGAACCCUGUCACAGAGCUACCAGUAUGAGGUGUGCCUGGGGGGAGACUCUGGGACUGGUGAGUUCAAAUUUCUAAAGGCAAUUAACCCCCAAUUUCCUGCUUUGGAAUCUGAGAGGAAAACAGAGGAAAGUCCUACACUUCGGAAUAGCUUCCUUUUCAUCUAA